AUGUCACGUGAACACGCGCCGAAGCGAUCAGAACGGACAAAAUCUCAAAAAGGAAGAGGACGACCCCCGGGUCCAACGAAGUCUGGUGUCGUCACUAAGACGACUGCGAAACCGAAACGUGCGAGGAAGUCAAAGCCAGUGAAACAAUCGCGAGUAGAUGAGGACGAGGAUGAGCUAUCGAUACUCUCCGCAGAUCAGACGCAACCGUCACAGGUACGAAGGCGCAAAGGGCGUACCGAAGACGAUGCAAUGGCCAAGCCACAGCCCGAAUCGCGCCACAAUUACCUGCAGCUGGAGGCUAGGACGAAGCGCAUAGCACAGGAACAAAUAGACACAUGGCCGCAAGUGCCUCCGCAAGUCUUGGAGCAAGUCGUUGCUGUGAUACGAGAGGCGAAGAAAGACAUUGCCAAUGCGCAACGAGACGAGCGUAGGGUGAUGGCAGCACACAACACACUGAAUCCGCUUGUCAAGAAGCUAUCACGACAACUGGCAACUUCGCGCAUGCCUCCUCAGGCAAAAGACAUUCAUUUCAACAUCGACAAGCUUACGGAGCGCAAUGCACAAGUCUCACGCGAGGUUACCACGGCUCGGCACUCGAAACAGCUGCUUACCGAACAAGUCAAGGUUGCUCAGAGUCUACUGGACAAGGACGAGAACAACUUGGACCAGCUGAAGAGGAACACGAAGAAGUGGCGAGCCGAGUGGAAGCACCAGGAGAAGCGCGGUCGUAUCCAUCCAUUGCUACAGGGCCAGGAUGAUAGCAAGGCCGAAGGCGAUGGGGCUGAGGAAAUCAACCUCAAGCCAACAACGCGCAUGGAUCUAUCGUCAUUGGAGACGGCAGAUGCUGAGCUUACUCCUGUCCUCGCGCAACUCCGGCGCAGCCUUGAGAACAUGCAGGGGAAUCAUGCACAGGUCGAGGGCAUUGACGAGGCCGUAAGCCAUGCUCAGGCAGCGUUGGAUGAUGUGCUUUUCAGGCACGCGACUGCACAGCAGUACGCUACUUUCUAG